AUGAAUAUAUCAAAUUCACUUGAAAUGAAGGAAGAUAUAUAUAGUCCCAUAUUUAGUACAGGAGAUAAUAUGUUAUGGCAAUUAUGGUUUGUUCCAUUAAAUAAAAAUCCGGUGAAUAAUAAAGAAUAUUGUUCAAUAUAUAUAUUACCAGUGACAAAUCCAGAUGAAACUUCCUGGCGAAAACGGUCAAAAUAUUCUAUUAAAUUAUUUGUCAAGGAAAUUAAAAAUUUUCAAACUUAUAAUUUAAUUUCAAGUAAUAAUGAGUUAUCCAUCUCCCCUGACACUAAAAUCGAAAACGGUUAUGGUUAUCCGGAGGCAUUCGAACGAACCUCAAUUUAUAAUGGAGAGUUAAUCAUUAGUGUAACAUUUGAUAAUUUCGAAUAUAAAGAUAAUAAACAAUAUAAUAAUAAUGUUUCACUUGAUCCACUUCCAGAAAAUCUGGUAGAAGCAUGGAAGAAUCAUUUAUUCAAUAUUCAACCUGUUGAUGUGGAAUUUAAUGUACAGGGAGAAAAUUUUUAUGCUUGUAGUUCAAUACUUAUUCAACGAUCAAAAUAUUUUGAAAAUGCUCUAUCGGGUAUAUGGGCUGAAUCAACGGUUGAUCGUCAAAGUGAAGUUGAUAAUAAAACGAUUCUAGUAUCUGAUGAAUCUGAUGAAGAUUUUAAUCAUGUGAAUGAGAGGAAAAGUGAUUCUGAAUCAAAGGAAGAAAAAUUAAAGUAUCAAAUUAAACAUCGAAUUAAUAUAUCAGAUUAUAAACCAUUAUCUUUUGCAAAAAUGUUAUCAUACCUUUACACAAAUCAUAUUGACUGGGCCACUUCCAACAACAUCGUAGAAAAUAAUAUUUCUUUCACGAUAGAAAUCUAUUGUAUAGCAGAUCGAUAUUUAUUAACGGAUUUGUGCCAAAGAGCAAAGAACAGAAUAUUUGAAGAAUUAACUAUAGAUAAUGCGGCAGAAAUCAUGUUUCGUUUAGUACCAAAAUAUGAAGAUUUAAAAGAACCUAUCCUUUCAUUUAUGGCUGAAAAUUUUGAAGCUGUUUGUAACUCUAAAGGAUUUAAAGACGUUUUGGCGAAUCCUAAUGAUUAUACUUGUUAUAAUCAGAUUAUGUCUGAAACACAAAUAAACAAUCUUCACGGAAUUGGAUUACCUCAGAUAAGACCCCAUCCCGGUAUACAAGCAAUGGCAUUGGUAAGACCUCCACCAUUGCCUUAUAAUCCUUCUGUCGGAUUUAGACAACCUCCAAUGAAUAAUCAAUCAAAUUAA